UACAAGACACCCACGCCUGCUCCCCUCCUCUCUCUCUCUCUCUCUCUCUAUAUAUAUAUAUAUAUAUAUAUAGCUCAUCUGGUCUUUUCACCAUUCUCAUCAAACUAACACACCAGCUAGCUAUGGCAAGACUUGUGAAGUCCUCAGCACCCUUGUUUGUUUUUCUCGUUCUCUACACGCUUCUUGUGUCAGGAGUGAGUGGAAACGGCGGAGGGAUGGUAGGCGGGAGAGCCAAGGUGAGUGAUGUGAAGACUAACAAGGAGAUUCAGGAGCUGGGAAGGUUCUCCGUGAAGGAGUUCAACAACCACAGGAGCACGUACGGGAAAGGUGGUGAGGUUGGAGAGCUGAUGUUGUCUGAAGUGGUGGAGGCACAGACGCAGGUGGUUUCUGGGGUCAAGUAUUAUUUAAAGAUUGAGGCAACCACACAGAGUGAAGAGAAGCUUAUGUUUGAUUCGGUGCUUGUGGUCAAGCCUUGGCUCCGAUCCAAGGAGUUGCUUGCCUUUGAGCCUUCCAUUGGACUGAGGGUUUAGAAAAUGAGAAACUAAAACGAAGAUAAUCAAGAUCUUGAGGUGUUCAACUGUGAUAAUCAACUGCAACAACAUGAGUUGAAGAGAUUAAGUAAUCUGAUCUUUUGUCUUUGUUUUACGAGUCUGUAUGUAAUAACCAUGUUUAUACAUGUUAACUGUGGGUGCUCAAGAAAUUUAUAUGAAUAAAUUAAAUAAUUAUUUAUA